AAUAGGUCUCGCGGACCAGUGAGUUUGCUCGAUUGUUCGCGAAAUUUACCUCAGUUUAGAGUGACUGAGCUGUGGACGAUCGGAUUACAAAGGCAGUUGUAGCUACAAGUUCUUAAAUGCAAAGAACUUCGAGGGAAGACAGCUAAAAUGAGUUCUUCGGAAGAGGAUGAUUUCCAUGAUUUGAAGACCUAUUUCUCAAAGAUUGAAUGGACCCAUCUUGUGAAAUGUGAGAAAGUUCGGUACAGAAACUUGAAGAGGAACCACCUGGCUAUGCUUACUAUAGGGCUGAACUCCCCAGUACCUGCUUUUAUGAGGAGAGGCAGACCUAAACUAGUGAACAAUGCUCCGCUUCUCGCACCCAGUGACUCCGAGGAGGAUGAGUGGACCCCUCGGCAGGAGAGAUGCCCACCAGCACCACGGAGCUUCCGACCCCCAACCAGGAGACCAGCAGUGUCUCGGGGAGUACCUCAGCCUGACAAUCCUGCUACACCUUCAGUACAGCCCCUCAGUGGUGAGGAGGCAGGACCCAGUAAUAUGGGGACAGAACCACCCCAGCCAUUCCUGGAGGAGCUGACUGAAAAAGUGGUCUUCCUCAGAGACGGCAGCACAGCAGACACACACAGUGGAGAUCAGGAGGGGCUAGGAGACAAGGAGGGUCAGAGUGAAGCAACCUCCAGCACCAGUGGAGGGGAGACAGAGCGUUCCACUCAGGGAGGAGGGGCAGACACCCCAGCUCUCACUCAGAGGGGGACUCCCUUGUUGCACCCCAAACCAUCAACCUCAGGUCUGUCUAAGAGAGAGUGGCUGGAAAGGCAGAAAGCACUGAACACAUACAAGCGCGGUAGAAACCUGAGAGACAGACCAAGAAUCACUUACACAGAGGAGGAGGUCCCCAAAGAUGACCACUACCUCUACUGUGAGGACUGCAAGUCUUUCUUCAUGGAGGAGUGUGAGCUCCAUGGUCCUGCCUUCUUCGUCCCUGACAUCCCUGUCCCCUUAGGAGCCCCUGAUAGGGCCAGACUCACCCUGCCAUCCGGCCUGGAGGUCAGGACAUCCGGCAUCCCUGAAGCAGGACUGGGUGUGUUCAACCAAGGAAACACUGUGCCUGCAGGAGCCCACUAUGGACCUUAUGAAGGAGAGAUCACAGACAAGGACCAGGCCAUGGAGAGUGGAUACUCCUGGGUGAUCUACAAGAGCAGACACUGGGACGACUACAUUGAUGCUGGGAGAGACACUCACUCCAAUUGGAUGAGGUAUGUGAACUGUGCUCGUAGUGAAGAAGAACAGAAUCUGGUGGCCUUCCAGUACAGAGGAGGGAUUCUGUACCGCUGCUGUAAGCCCAUAGCUGUUGGAGAGGAGCUGUUGGUUUGGUACGGAGGGGAGUACGCCAGAGACCUGGGCAUUGUCUUCGACUACCUCUGGGACAAAAAGAGCUCUGCUAAAGAUGUGAACGUUGAGUCUUUCCAGAUCUUCUCGUGCUCUGGCUGUCCGCUCUCCUUCACCUCUCAGAUCUUCCUCCUCAAGCACAUAAAGAGAUGUCACCAUGAUGAGUAUGUCAGACUGUUGAGGAGUGGAGAGAUCAGAUCAGAGAAUCUCAUGUCCUCCAGCAGCUCACAACACCAUGGAAGCACUACAGGUUCAUUCAACCCAGCUCCCACCAGGAAACAGAGAGAGACGGACAAGCCACGACCACACCGUUGUUCUCAGUGUGGGAAGAGCUUCACAACAGGGAGAAAUCUCAUCAUACACCAGCGCAUUCACACAGGAGAGAAGCCGUUUCACUGCUCUCAGUGUGGGAGGAGCUUCAGUCGGUCAGGACAUCUAAAGACACACCAGCGCAUUCACACAGGAGAGAAGCCGUUUCACUGCUCUCAGUGUGGGAAGAGCUUCAGUCAGUCAGGAGACUUAAAGACACACCAGCGCAUUCACACAGGAGAGAAGCCGUUUCACUGCUCUCAGUGUGGGAAGAGCUUCAGUCAGUCAGGAGACUUAAAGACACACCAGCGCAUUCACACAGGAGAGAAGCCGUUUCACUGCUCUCAGUGUGGGAAGAGCUUCAGUCAGUCAGGAACUCUAAAGAAACACAAGUGUUCUAAAAAGAGUAAAGAACUUUAGAUUUCUCUUUGGGACGGUGAUGUAACACUGAUAGAACAUUACACUUACAUCACUGUUACAAGAAAUAUAAAAGAUGAAUUAUUUUGAUAUCAAUUAUGGUAUUCGUGGAACUUUCAACUAACUGUUUUUUUUAAAAUUUGUUAGGCAUAAAUGUAUGAAUUGU